CCCGCAUCCCCACAUUUUGGUGCUUGGAUAAACACCUCUGAAAAAGAAGAACCCUCUCGAAGUCGGUUUACUAACCGGCAGCUUUUAUCGGAUAGGAGACUCUUGGAAAUACCUCGAUUUUCCAUAUUGAUACUAUCCUUCGGCUUCAAGUUCAUAAUUGCCCCACCUUACGGACCCUAACACAGUUCGCGAACGCCGUGGUGCUUGUAUUUCGGGCACAUAAGAGUGAUACAAGCAUCAGGCCUCACCCCCCCCCCCGUUCUGCGGGAAACCCGACCGUCUACAUGUAUCUCAAAUCCUCGGAAAAGCGGCGGGGCGGCCCCGCAACCUUGGAAACCACGCGAUUAAUAAUGUUGCCUUCCACCUUCACACCUAUCCCCUGUUUCGUCUAAUGAACAGUGGUACAACGGGACUGUGGUCAGCAUUUCUGGAGUGAAAUAUCGGGCAUUGAUCCUGUGGCACAAGAAAAUAUCCCCGAAUUUCAUUACGGUCGACAACCCUGGGUACCCAUGCGACUCUUCCCGGGGAAAUCAGAUCAUAUCAAGCACUGGUGCGAAGCAAAACCAGGAUACUUGUGCAGCCUCAUAAGGCUCGCCUUGUUCCGAGAGGGGAAACUAACACCAGGAAAAUACGAAAAACAUACUUAGCAGACAAGGCAUGAAGAAAUAAUAUAAACGUCUAACAGCUACGAUAUCCAGAAAACCUAACCCAAACCGAGUCGUUAUGCCACCCCGUGGUUCUUCCCCCGAAGAUUUGAAAUCCAUUUCGUCUUCGGUUCGGAGGCAAAUGUCAGGAUGGGUUCAUAAAGCCAAGCGCACCGUACACGAAAUGACUACUACCACUACCGCUAAAAGAAGCGAGUACGAUAAAGUCGUAAAACUCGAGAAAUCGAAUACAGUUCAAACAAACCUUUGGUAUCUGAAGCCUGGCUUCACCGCAAAGCCCACUUUCGUCAGCGUGACUGUCCCGGGAGUGUUCGAGUCGAGUAAUGUAGAGCACGAAGCAUACCCUCACGAGGUCACCGAUGUCCGAGGUCAUGAAAGGUUGUUCUCGUUGGACAAGAGCGGUUUCGAAUUCAUUCAUAACGCUGUACCCGAUGAGAUAAUCCAGCACAUUAGGAAUAACGAGGAUGAGGAAGUUGAAAGGAAAUAUUAUCCGAGAAUUGAGGAGCUGUUGAAAAAACAUACGGGUGCUGACAGAGUGUUUAUCUUCGACCAUACUGUACGCAAGAGGAUCCCGCAGUACCCAAGUGACGGUCGUGGACCGGUGGGAGCGAGGCAACCAGCAUUGCGAGUCCAUGUUGACCAAGCUCCAAGUGCUGGAGCCGGGAGAGUGAAGCGUCACCUUCCCGAUGAGGCAGAGAAGCUGCUGGAAGGUCGCGUGCAGAUUAUCAAUGUUUGGAGGCCGCUGGUUGGGCCGAUUGAAGACCACCCGCUUGCAGUAGCAGACUACCGCUCGGUUAACCCAGAGGACCUUAUCGCUUCAGACCUACUAUACCCCGGCCACACUGGGGAAACCUACAGCGUGUUGUAUAAUCCAGAGCACAGAUGGUAUUACAAGUCGAGACAGCAGAAUGACGAAGUUAUCCUAAUAAAGUGUUUUGACACCAAGACUGAUAGAGCCAGAGUAACACCGCAUACCGCGUUCAAGGAUCCUACGUCUCCGGAGAAUCCGAGGCUGAGAGAAAGUAUCGAAAUCCGGGCUCUAGUGUUCCACACCCAAGACAACGAUAGAGAGGGAUUCGCCUAAAGUACAGAUAUUGAGGCGGGGGCAGAAUGGCUUGUUGUUUACUAGAAAUCGCUUACGCUGAUAAAUUUAUUUAUACCGGAAUUCGGGUUUUCCCUUUA